GAGUGAAGUAGAUUCACAAGCAAGUGUUGUUGUAUCUUAGUGUUGAUUUUACCAAUUCAGCUUCAUCUAAAGUCCUGGUUGAUGAAAGUUCUUUUGUUCAACACUUAUAUCUGCUCCUCCACAUCACACAGAGAUUGUGAUUCACCUCUGCAGUGAAACCACUGCUACAGCAAUUUACCAAUAAAUGCUGUUAUUAUUUCCAACAUCCUACAAGUGAAAAAGGAGAAAAACCUUGAAGUGUAACCACUGAACUCUACUGGCAUACUAUUUCAAAAAUGAGGUUUGUUAAAAAGGAGUUUAAAGAGGAGACUGAAGACAUGAGUGAUCCAGAGCCGGAACAUGAAGAUAAUGAGAAACAAAGAGACUUGAUAAAAGUAAAAGAAGAAAGUCAAGAACUGAAUGACAUGGAGGAGAAACACCAUCAGCAUCAUAUGUUUGAUAAUUUCAUGACUGGAGAAGAAUCUUUUAGUGGCUCAAAGACUGACAACAAUUUCUCACAGAAAAGAUCUCACAGAACUAAAGCCAUAAAUUAUUUUACCUGCUCUCAGUGUGGAAAGAGUUUCACACGAAAAGGAGAUUUAAACUGUCACAGGAGAAUUCACACUGGAGAGAAGCCUUACACCUGCAAUCAGUGUGAAAAGAGUUUUACACACAAAGGAAACCUUGCCGCUCACUUAAAACUUCACACGGGAGAGAAGCCUUUCUCGUGCUUUCAAUGUGGAAAAAGUUUCCCAUUUAAAAGAGACCUUAAGUGUCACAUGAGAAUUCACACUGGAGAGAAGCCUUACACCUGCUCUCAGUGUGGGAAGAGUUUCGUAGAGAAAGGACAUCUUCUGCGUCACAUAAGAAUUCACACUGGAGAGAAACCUUUCACAUGUCUUCUGUGUGGAAAGAGUUUCAAACAAACAGGCCAUCUCACAAUUCAUCUGCGCUAUCACUCUGGAUUAAGACCAUUUAAAUGUGAUCAGUGUGGCAAGACGUAUACGUGGGCAUCACAUCUAAGGGCACACGUGUCAACUCAUGCAAAUGUGAAGCCUUACGUGUGUUCUUUUUGUGGAAAGAGUUUUUCUUUCUCGGGACACCUGAAAGCACAUGAGAGAGUACAUACUGGAGAGAAGCCAUACAACUGCACUUCAUGUGAGAAGAGUUUCACCCAAUUAAGUAGUCUAAAGACUCAUUUAAAAAAGCAUUGUCCAAAAUUGUCAUUGUGAGCAGUUAAUUUCAUUGUCAACACUGUAUUUGAAGUAGCACAGCUUCAUUUUACUAGAUCUGAUGUGGUUUAGAAAGUCAUGAAAUAAAAAAGAACCACAAAAGUUAGGAAUAGAAAUAUGCUUGUACAUCAAACUACAUUUUCUGAGGUUUAAAUGUGAAGUAUAUAACUUUUUUUCCCCCAGUUUAUUGUUCAUUGACAAAUAAUGGCAUUGUAAGUAAGCCAUUUGUGGGUGUACCACCCUCAAAAGUAUCAACACUGAGCAUCCCAGGCACUAUCAAAACAUUGAUGUUUAUAUUCUGAGUGGCCCGCUCAUCCCAAGCCAUCCCUUUUUAGCUCAACCUAUAGCAUGAGUUUGGGGCAUGGCUACUUGUAGUAGGCUGUUCAGCUAGGAGAAUAUAAACGUGUACAUUGGAAAAUACAUUUUAGCUACGCCUACAGAUGUUAAUGCCAAAAUUCCAAGACUUGCUUGAAGACAAAGAGACAGAGAAUGGAGUAAAACCAGAGUGAACACUGGCGUUGCAUUUACAAGGUGGAGGACACGCACAAACACACCACCACCAAUGAUGAGAUCGUUAUGGCAAACGGGAGCAGCAAUAACGAGAUCGCCACGCAAGUUGCUAAUACACUGCCACCUCCCCCCGUCAACAACAGCAGUCUUGCCUAGGGUGCCAAAAUGGUAUGCUUAAUCUGGUGAUCACCGUUCAAUCUAGAGAUGAUAUCGGAUGACCAGAUUCCUCUGCUACGCUUUCUGUCUACUGAUGAACCAAAACAUUAUGACCACUCACAGGAGAAGCGAAUAAUGUUGAUCAUCUCCUAACAAGGUCACAUGUCAAGGUCUGGGUAGAUUAGAUGAUAAGUGAACAAUCAGUUCUGGUAGUCAACGUGUUGAAUGCAGGAAUAAAGACCUGAGCGACUUUGACAAGGGCCAAAUUGUUAUGGCCAGACAACUGGGUCAUCUUACAAAACAAAUUGUGGGUUGCUCCCAGUCUGCAGUGGUGUGUACCUACCGACAGUGGUCCGAGGAGGGAAAAACCACAAUCCGGCGACAGGUGUUGAGCGCCCAAGGCUCAAUGAUGUGCGAGGGCAACAAAGGCUAUCCUGCCUGGUCCGAACCGACAGAAGGUCUACGGUGACACAAGUCGCAGAAAAUUUUAAUGAUGGUUACGGGAGGAAUGUGUCACAUUAUGCAGGCUGCGUAGCCGCAGACCAGUCAGAGUGCCCAUGAUGACCCCUGUCCACCGUUGAAAGCACCAACAAAGGGCAUGUGAGCAUCAGAACUGGACCUCGGAGCAGUGGAAGAAGGUCGCCUGGUCCGAUGUAAUCCAAUUUCAUUUAUAUCACGUGGACGGCCGUGUACGUGUGCACCAUUUACCUGGGGAAGUAUUGGCACCAGGAUGCACUGUGGGAAGACGACAAGCCGGUGGAGGGAGUGUGAUACUCUGGGCAAUGUUCUGCUGGGUCUGGUCAUUUAUUUGGACGUCAAUUUGACACAUGCCGCCUACCUAAACAUCAUUGUAGACCAGGUACACCCCUUCAUGGCAGUGGUAUUCACUGAUGGCAGUGGCCUCUUUCAGCAGGAUAAUGCGCCCUUCCACACUGCACACAUUGUUUGGGUAUGGUUUGUGGAGCAUGAUGAAGAUUGCAAGGUGUUGCCCUGGCCUCCAAAUUCCCCAGAUCUCAAUCUGAUGACCACCUGUCUAAUAUGCUGUUGGUCCUCAACAUGGCACCAAAACAGCUCUGGGCUGCAUUUCCCAAAAGCAUCACAAGCUUAAGUUGAUCAUUGAGACCAUUGGCACCAAUGGCUUGUACAAUCUACUUAGGCUUACGAUGCUUUUGGGAAAUGCAGCCCUGACCCAUUGAAGCAUGGACUCCGCAAGACCUCUAAAGGUGUCCUGUGAUACCUGGCACCAAGACGUUAGCAGCAGAUCCUUGAUGUCCUUUAAGUUGGGGCCUCCAUGGAUCGGACUUUUUGGUCCAGCACGUCCCAUAGAUGCUCAAUCGAAUUGAGAUCUGGGGAAUUUGGAGGCCAAGUCAACACCUUGAACUCUUUGUCAUGUUCCUCAAACCAUUCCUGAACAAUUUUUCCCGUGUGGCAGGAUGCAUUAUCCUGCUGAAAGAGGCCACU